AUGGAUCUUCAGGGUACUAAGGAGGCCCGGACGCAAGAGGAGGGUGCCGACGGCCCGUUAGAUGCUUAUGGCGGUGGAAGCCGCUCUAAAGAGUAUCACAAGAAUGAGGGUCGCGAUUCUCAUGGUCAUGAUAAUUCCUCUACUGUCCCCCUUCGUCAUCGACCACCCUUCACUUAUCCCCCUGGGAAUCGCCAACAAACCGCGCUAACACCCACCCCAACGCCACGUCGGGAGCCUUCUCCUUCACCAGAGGCCAUCGUUAUUCCACAAGCUCUGGGAUUAAGUUCUCGGGACCAGCGAUUAAUAUGCAAAGCACGCCGUCAGCCACCUGUGACCAAGAAAACGCUCAGUGAACUCGAUCUGCCAUGUAUCAUCAGCAACAUCAAUCUGCGUAUGGAUGCCAAUUUCGAUCGCGACCUACAUUUCAAGCCCGAUCUAGAUGGAGAAAAGGGGAAGCGGAAACGGAAGGAGGCAACAGGCUACUGGGACUCGAUGGCCACGGAGAUUGCCAUCUAUGCCUACCAUGCCGCCAACCCUGACGAGGAGCAGAAUCGGGGGAGCAGCUCUCACCGCACCUUUGAGCCCAGGUUGCCCGCCAUGUUCGAGACCCUGCAGGAAGUUAUCAAGACACUUGUUCCGGAGCGAGAUCAUCCCAGCGUCAUGCAAAACCUGGAGGUGCCCUUGCUCAUGCAACAAAUCCGCAAGGGUGUGCUCGACAUGGUGGCGCUGUCAGCAUGGAUGGCGGCUCUGCUCAAGACGCAUUGUGCACCGAUGCGAGACGAAUGGGCGGAUCGGAUGGCGGAGCAGAUAAGCCAAGGGUCCCAAUCACAGGACCCAAAGGAGAUUGUAAAUGGAUUGCAGACACUCUUUGCUAUCUUGGAGGCCAUGAAACUGGAUGUUGCCAACCACCAAAUACGGACCUUUCGCGUCCUUUUAAUUGAAGACACAGUACCUUUCCUAGGAGAGUAUUUCGAGGGCAAAAUCAGCCGCGGCAACUUCCAAGUCGAACCCGCUCGACUCUGGUACCUGGAAGCACGAAGUCGCGCCCAAGCAGAAGACGACAUCAAGAGUCCAACAACAACCACCUCCCAACCCGACGACGGUCUCAAGCCCCUCGAAGCCCUCCUCCGCGGCAUCUCCGACCAACUCCUCCAAUUCACACCCCCAGACGACUUCCCAGAAACCUUCCUCUUCGACUCCGACCGCCUCUGGCAACUCCGCGCCACAAUCCAAAACCUCAUCAACCUCGAAAUAGCCUGGUACAUCUUCGAGUCCUACGUCCACACCCAAAAGCGCUACCUCUCCGCCCGCGAUGAAACAUACUCCACCUUCCGCUCCCGCAUCUGGUCCCUAAUGGAAGACGGCCUCGAUCCAAACGGCCACAUCCCCAGCGCGAUCGACGACGACCCAGACCUCCGCGGCGGCGCCCACUGGCUCCAGAAUAUGCGCAGCAUUGCCCUCGAGAUUGCGCGCUUCGCCUGUGCAGCCUGCUGUCUUGACUCCGUCGUCGCGGACGAGGUAAUCACGCCCAUCGAGGCGGCUCUCGAAUGGCACCUGACCAACGAGUCCGAUCUCUUCCGCUACUUCCAGAACGGGAUGCGCGAGAAGAUCCUCUCGGCGACGCUCGCUUCGGCAAAGAAGUACUUGCCGCUUUCGCCGCUGGCUAUUUGUGAGUCGCAGCGCGCCGUUCCUCAGCAGCAGCCUUCGGCGCCGCUUGUUCCGGCUGCGUCGGCGGCCACGGCCACGGCGGCAAACCCGCCUAAUCCGUCUUCUGCGGGUGGGAAUUCGCAGUUAGCUUCGCCGCAGGAUCAUGAUAUCGAGCGAAUUGGUAUGCGUCUGGCUCACAUGUGUGUUUUGCAUUGGCGUGUUUGGGCUCCGCUGCUUUAUCUGCGGGAUGAGAUUGCGGAUUUGGAUCUGGGGCCUUCGGCUUUUGUUUAA